AUGCUCCAGAGAUUUGGGAUUAAUUUUAUAGAAUUCAAGCCAUCGCUGUCUCCCAGAGUUCACUUCUUUAAAAAAUCUGCUUUUGCUACAAAUAGCUUAUUUCAGUAUGGAGGAACUCCUAUUGAAUGUUGGGUAAACCCACAUUCACGGGAAAGUAUGGAAGAGUACAUUGAAAGCUAUUGUUGGAUCCAGAAUACCUACUGGGUGCCAAUGUAUGAAAAUAUCCCGGAUGAUCACACAGCUCGAGAAGAGAAACAAAUUGGCUACUAUCAAUGGGUCCCAUUUAUACUCAUUGCCGAAGCACUAAUGUUCUCAUUACCAUGUAUGUUUUGGCGAUUGCUCUCAUGGCAAUCAGGUCUUAAUAUUCAACACCUUAUCAAUGUCGCCUGCGACACCAACGCUAUAGUUGACACUUCGGAUCGUCAGAAGGCAGUGGAUGCUCUAUCCGCUUGCUUCAUAGACAAUCUUGAUUUGCAGUCACCCAAUGGUUUGCAAAUCUUAUUUUUAUCUAAUCCUAAAUUUUUAUUAGUCCUACAAGAUCUUCUCGCCGGCAAACCCUGGACCGAAUCUGGGCACUUUCCUCGCGUAACUCUCUGCGAUUUUGAAGUUCGCUACUUGGCUAAUUUAAACAGAUAUACCGUGCAAUGUGCUUUACUGAUAAAUAUCAUUAACGAAAAGGUUUUCGCCUUUUUAUGGUGUUGGUAUCUUCUAUUGGUGAUUAUCACAACAUUUUCUACGCUUUGUUGGCUGACGAACAGUCUGAUGCAAUCGGAAAAAAUAGAUUACGUUUUGAAGUUCAUGCAAAUAGCACAAAGUAGUGAUAGGAAAAGGCAAAUGAAGUUUUCUAAGGUAAUAAAUUCACUUCUUGUAAAUAGUGCGAAGAUUCAGUUUGCACACGCGUCGCAACUGUUCGCGCCCGCAGCAACUAAUCAAUUUGCAUGA